AGUCUUGUGAUAAUUACAAAAUCCCCAGUUCAAAAACCCUAAAAGAUUUCCAAUUCGUAAACCUAAAUCAAUGAAGAUUAAUGAAGCAAAUUUUGUCGUGUGAAGGAGGUUUGUAGUUUAAUAUCAAACAAAUCAUACGAAAUGAGUCACAGUGAACCUUUCAUGAAGAUGCACAUUACUUAUGGAGGGUUGAUGUCGCUUGAAGAGAAUAAGUUAUCUUAUUAUCGUAUAGAUCCAGAUUUGAUGACUUGGUCAAUUUUCCAGGAAUUCACAGAAAAACAAGGAGCUGCAAAUGGCGUGGAGAAAUUUUGGUACAGACUACCGAGUGAGAACAUUUCAAUCGCAAGAUGCAUAUACAAAGACAAGGACAACGAGAUCCGAAAGAUGUGUUCAGAAGUAGCAGAAAUGGGUGAAGUUUAUGUGUACAUCGAACAUGGUGUGUCUCAACCAAUUAUGGGUAAUGCUUCUGAUGUAGAAGAAGAAGAAGAAGAAGAAGAAGUUUCUGACGGUGAGUUAGGUCCAGAAGAAAAAAAUGAUGAUGAGGUUGGUAAUGAUGAAAACAGAGAGUCUGAAAGCGAAUAUGAGAAUGAAAUGCUGGUGAAGAGCAUGCUAAUGAAAGAGAUGGUCAGCUAUCUGAAGAUGAAGCUGAAAUUGUAGGUGAUGGAGCUGUAGAUGCUAGAUUUGAAAAUUUGUUUGCAAAUGCUGAAGAGGAAGCAAUGACAAGGUACGAUACUACUCAUGUAUGUGGUGAGUCUAGCUCAGAUAGUGAAGAGGAGAAUGUAACUGAGGUUGGUGAAUAUCUGGAUUCUCCAGUUGAUACUGAUGAAGAGUGGGCAAACUUUAAGAACAAAGAUGGUAGACGUACGUGCAGGAAAGGAAAAAGAAGCGUGACUGACUAUGACAAGCCACCAUACUUGUGGCUAAUGCAGACGUUUAACAACGGAGACGAGUUCAAAGAUCAAUUGUUGAGGUAUGUUCUGAAAACUCAAUAUGAUGUGAAGCUUAAUAGGUGGGAGUCUACAAAACAAGCAGCAAUAUGCACUGAGCCAAAACGUGAUUGGAGAAUAUAUUGCUCUGUGGAGAAACCUAUCAGAAAAUGGAUGGUUAAAGUCUAUGAAGACAAGCACAAUCACGUGCCUACGGGAAGAGCAAGGAUGCUAAAACAAGGAACUAUUGCCAAGUUGUUUAAAGAGGAAGCAAGAAGAAGACCUGACAUAAGAAGUACAGACAUUAAGAAGUACAGACAUUACUCGUCCUUGCUUUAGAAGUUCUCGGCAAGCCUCAAUACAAUUUCAAUGUCGUGGUUUUAGUCAUCUACUCGUUACUGGAUUCACAUAGUCCAUCUAUUCUAGUCAAUGUCAAAUCAAGUCAAGUAGGACUUCGCGGUCAUGGAGCUUCUCACCAAAAGCUCUUGUCGGUCAUCAUUCCAACCGUUUCUCACUGGUGUAUCAACGUCGUUUUAGACUAUCAAUUGUUCUUUGGAACAAUCGCUUUAGGGAAUAAGAUGAAGUUUCUCCAUGGGUUUCUUCAUACUGCUGAGCUUGACUCUCCCCAUAAAAGCUCUAUUUUUCUAUGUUUUGUAAUGUUUUCUAUUUUUGUCCUAACGUUGAGCAUGUCUCCGGAAUCUUCUACUUCGAUUGUAAACUUUGUUGCUCACUGAGCUUUUUAUAAUACAAGUUUGU